CAAACAAUUAUUUUCUCCCUUGAUCGACAUUUAAUGGAAAAAGGAGAGCUCAGUCGUCCAAAAAUUCGGGGUUUCGGUUGCAUCACGAUUCCCGACUUGAUUAUUCUUCGUUUUGUUAUUUCGAGUCAGAAUAAUUUGUUUAAAUAGUUGACUGGUGUUGCAACAGACUUCAGACAUUAUUUAAAUUAUUACAUUGGUCACUGCAGCAUCAUCUAGUAUGAAAAGAGCCUAUUCAACAAUGGAGAACCCAAGUGGAGUAUCCAACAAAGUUGUUUUAGUGGAACCUAACCUUUCUCGAGGUGCUGAGUUAAUCAACCCCCACAGAACAAGAAAAUCAUCGCCACAGGAUCUAAUUCAAUUAGCAAUGGAAAUUCAAAAGGCAGACGAUUAUAUCAGAGCAAAUGCACAGAACCAACUCCACGUGAUUGCAGAGCAGAUCAAGUGUUUGCAGAUGCAAGCACAGAAAAUUUUACAAGAAGCUAAAGAGGGACAUAUGUUGCAUCAUGUGGCCUGUAAUUUUGUCAAACAUCCAGGAAAGAUUUAUCAUCUGUAUGAAAGACCAUCUGGACAGAAUUAUUUUUCAAUGUUGGGUCCAGAGGAAUGGGGCAGUACAGGACCUUCCCAAAUAUUCAGAGGAUCCUACCGUCUGGAACAUGACAACUCAUGGACUCCAUUGUCUAAAAUAGAGGCAAAAAAUGCUGAGCUGAGUGCCUUGGAGAAGUACCUCUCUCAGAAUUCAGCCCUAGCGAUAGAUUCAACUGACUUAAUGAGCAUAGACCCUUGAUCCACGUGGUCAAGACGUCAAUAGACAAUAAAUUCGUCUAAUGCAUCUAGAUGCACUCUGAUCAUGUGAUUACAUAAAGUAUAAUUUUUUAAUUAAUCCAGUCGUUAAGUAGCUAAGGCGACAUCAUCUCGAAGAAGAGUUUAUUAUACACUAAUUAAUCGUCCUUAAAUUAGUCUUCAAUUGCUCAUUGAAAUUUUUAGAACAUCAUUAGAACAACUCGUUUUCGAGAUAACUAGACAGCAGAGCUGUCAAAUGUGAAACUAUUUUAUCAUUUCAGGACGUACAUGAGGACGAAAAUAUAUGUUAAUUCGUCAACAAUCAAUCUUUUCUUUAUCCAGAAAAAUACAAUAGACUCUUGUCCAUCACAAAAAAAAUGUUAACACAUCUCAUGAAAUAAUUCGACGAAUGUCACAUUGUUGUCGAAUCAAUUUGCAAUUGCAUUUUAAAUAGCGAAGUAAAUUUCCUGGAAAUUA